UUUCAUAGCCGCACCUGUGUGCUCACAGCGUGAAGGCAUCAGCAAUGAUUCUAAUUUCUGAUCACUUACUCGGACUUUUACUAGCGUCUUGCUCAUGCUGUUUGGCACAUAGAGUGCAUUUAAGGAACAAUUUUGAUCACUCCAGGAUACUCGAGGCGAACCCUCUUCCUAAAACGCUGGACUCAAUUGGCAGGUCAUUUUGCUGGUUUUUAGGAGGAUUAGGGAGAAGUUUGCAUGGAAAACAAGUAUUUUACGUGAAGAGUCCAACGGCCCAACAUGUUCAGAACGUACUCCAACACUUCAGAAUUAACUGUGUCACACACAAGCGCUAUGUCCUCGACGACCCAUGAACCAGAGAUGCACAGCCACGAUUCAGACAUGAAGAAGGAAGAUGUAGCAUCGAGUCCCUCAGACUGUGUAAAAACUGAAAGCAAGGAUCCUACAAAAGACGCAAGUGUGAAGCCACCGUAUUCUUAUGUGGCUCUGAUCGCGAUGGCAAUCCGAGAUUCCCAAGAGAAAAGGUUAACUCUGAAUCAGAUUUAUCAAUAUAUUAUCAAAAAGUUUCCAUUUUAUGAAAAGAAUACCAAGGGCUGGCAGAACUCAAUCAGGCAUAACUUGUCACUGAAUGAAUGCUUUAUCAAGGUUGCUCGUGAAGGUGGCGGUGAAAGAAAAGGCAACUUCUGGACAUUAGAUCCUGCAUGUGAGGAUAUGUUUGAAAAAGGGAAUUACCGAAGACGUAGAAGAAUGAAACGACCAUCCCGUCAGCUCACCUUGCAACCUGACAAUGGUCUAAUCUCUUCGUAUCCACGAGCAGCUCCGUACAACUACAUACAACCCAAAUGGCCGACUUACAACCAAGUACAGAGCGCAGCAGUGGCAGCAGCAGCAGCAGCGGGAAGCUUACGAUCUGCACAGCCUACUGGCCCUUUGUCAUACCCAUGUAACCCUCCAUCAUCCAGGGUUCCUCCUGGAUAUCCAUAUGUCAAUAUGGGAUCUGGUGUUCCUGUCAGCACUUAUACGGGAACUCAAUACGCCACGCAAAUGCAAACGCCGGUAAAUAAUCAAUGUGGGUAUGGAGCUGUAGCAAUGCAAAAUGUUGGGUGCCGGAGCCGACAAGCUGAACAUAGUCCAAUGCACCAUUACCCUUACUGGAGUCCUCCAGAUAAACUUUCUUACGAUGUACCUCCAAGGUCGUAGAUAUAUCCCAGAAUGAAUGUUGAGUUAACAAGCGGCUGCUUGUCGCGCCGCAUUAUAUUUAUGUACGAUAUGACACUCACACAGACUCUCAGAAUGAGGAAGAAAAUUGGGCCUUGCAGAAAGUUUGGACGAAAAUAAAAUCAAGGUGUUUCUUUGCACGGACUUCCAAAGCAAGCAUCGCAUCAACACGACCAUCGCUCUUGUAAUGUUCAAGCACUAUUUACUUUAGGUAUUAGUUUCCCCUUAUUCAAAUCCUUAGAAGAUAUUGUUGACUUUGACAGAUUGUACGGAAUUUUAUAGACGAUACGAAGAAGAGACAUAUAUAUAGUUCAAUUCAUAUUUCACACUUUUAAAGAUAUAUUAUAUAACAUAGAUAUAAGCGAGAGAGAGUCUUAUUUCAUUUACUUUAGGAUUUUCUCGUAAUUUCCAUUCACCGGRGGCGUAAAACGCCAAUCUAAAGUGCCACGACAAUUUCUCUGUGUCAUAUUUUUGCUUAUCUACCUAGUGACUAGCUGGUAUCUUCCUACAUGGUGUAACUGAUCAAAACAACCAAGUUGUAAUUCUCCAAUAGUUCUCGUUUUUUUGGAUUGUGUAAUUCAGGCCGCUUCAGUCAGGUAGCCGUUGUGAUUUCAUUCGCAGAGCAGUAUUUGUUUUAGUUUGCAAUCGGAAGGUUACAUUGUCAAAAAUCUCUAGGCUUGAGGAAAGCUUGUAAUUCAACGUCGGAUGAACUUUUCUAUUCUAAAAAAACCAAAAUAAUAAACACUUAAUAACAGUGAA